AUGCUAGGACUUCUGUUUCAUUCUGUGCCCAACCCUGAUGGGUAUGACUGCAUCUGGGAGACGGAUCGCUACUGGCACAGGGACGGCCAGGUCUUGGGCCCCUAUAUCAAAUGCCUUGGGCUGGACAUGAACAGGAAUUGGGCAAGUGUUUUGCUCGGCUACAAAUGGAAGCCAGAGUUGCCCAACUUCACAAAGAACAACACACAGAAGCCAAGUGACCCCACAAAUCGGUGCUUGCACUGGUAUCCUGGUACCCGUCCCUUUGAGCCGUACGAAGUUGACGACAUCGCGAACUGGGUCAACAGCCUCCCAAACAUUGUUGCCUUUGUUGAUUCAUGGAGUUAG